AUGACACCUGCUGACUUUUUUUCUCCAUUCUAUACAGAAAACAGAAGAACUAUUCCUGCUAACACCUAUCAUUUUAACAAAGAUCUGACAAUGAAGGGCAAGAGUGACUCACAGUCUUCCUCCAAGGUACCUGAGGAGGAAGAAGGUGACUAUGAGACUGUAAGUUCUUCCACUCUGGAGGCCAUCCAUGCUUUGAGAAUCCUUCCUGCCAAACCUCUACAAGAAUCUGAAUAUGCAGAUAAACGUUGUUUAAGGCCUUUAGCUACCACUUCCCCAAUGCACAGCCAGCACACAUCUCAGCCCCCUCAAUACUCGGAUAAACACGCAUCUGUUCUGGAGGGGAGGAGUGUGCCAAGUAUUAGAGGAGAAAGAAUGAAAAUACAUGGAUCCCAGGAACCUAUGCCUCCCCCACGGCCUCUGAAGACACUUCCAAAGCAAUAUCAGCCACUUCCUCCAGAGCCAAAGAUAAGCAGCCAAUUCUUUCACAUGAGGAAAACAUUCAGCCAAGCGCACACCUUUCCAAUAUCAGCAAAAGUCACAAGACAUCUAUCUGUUAAGGAACUAAACCAAGCACCUGGAAGAGAACAAGUUACAGAUUUGGGGAAGAAACCUGAAACAUAUUCUCAAGCACAAAAGUAUAAAUCAAAGCAUCAUCCUGAAGCCAGCCUUCAGUGUACACGGAGCUCUAAAACCGUUUGCAGCUCAGGGUCCAUGUUAAAUGUAGAGAAUUUGUCAGUGAAGAGGUCACCAUCUCCUAUACCGUACGCGGCAUGCAAAAAUAAAUCAAAACAUUCACUUGUAAAAUGGGAAAUGCCAUCUCCUACCCAACACACUGAAAAGGAUUUAAACAAAUAUGAAUGGUAUGUUGGAGAAUAUAAUCGCCAUGAAGCAGAGAAGGCACUGUUACAGGAAAACACUGAUGAGACAUUCUUGGUUAGAGAUUGUUCAAAUAAAUCAAGUGCUGAACCAUAUGUUUUGGUCAUCUAUUAUGGAAGAAGAGUAUACAACAUUAAAGUACGUUUUCUGGAAGAGAGCCAACAAUACAUGCUGGGAACAGGGCUCAGAGGAGAUGAUAAAUUUAAUUCCGUGAAAGAAAUCAUUGACUUCUACAAAUAUGUUCCAAUCACACUCAUUGAUGGCAAAGAUAAAUCAGGACUCCACAGAGAACAAUGCUACCUUACAUACCCAUUCAAGUCAUGCAAAAGAUAUUUUCUGCCUUCAUGUCACUGAUUUGUUUGUAUAGAUGUAAAUAGAACAAUUAUUUAAAUGUCUCAAAAAUCAGAUUAACCUCUGAGUGAGGAGCUCCCUAUACCAUGAAGCAUUCUAAAUGGUCCAUCAAAAGCUUCUCUCCAACUGAGAAUACAGAGACCCACUCCAUUUUGAUCCUUGUAGUUUGUUUUUAACUUUGAGGAUACAGGUGCCACCAAGCACAGGAUACUUGAGGAUACAACAUGCCAUUGUAUUAAUUCACAGAAAAAUGUUAAGAGAGACUGACUCUCAAUAUCCUGACAAUGACUGAGCAAUUUGCUUAUCUUGCACUCUACCUUUUUAUACCAGACAAAAAAAAAAUCAAACUUGGUCUUGCUUACCUAAAUGUCACUGAAGCUCGGUUAGUAGGAAAACCUAAUAAAGCAUACUAUAGUCUAAUAAAAAAUAUUCUUGCUUUUAAUACACGUGAAAUGCUGUUUAUCUGAGUACUCACUGUUUAACAAUGUCAUUUGGUGUGUGCGUUUACAUGAAAACAAGCUGUGCUCAGCAGCCACUGAAGUCAGUGGGUGUCAGCUGAUGCUCACAGGUACUGGAGCAGAUUGUAAAGCUAGCUUUAAUUAUGUAAAUUCUAUUACUUAACUAACACUUCUUUAGCUUAAAGUAGCAGAUAUUUGUAUUACAUAUCUCAGCCCUGAAACACUUACACAGUAGGACCAUUAUGCAAACAGUCCCUUUGAAUUCAUACCAGGUGCAAAUACAGAGAUAAAAAUCAACACUAGGAACAGUACAUGCGCUUCAAACUCUGCUAGAAAACAUGUUCCAUUGUGUAUGAAAGAACACAAGAAAGUGAUAUUUUUCCAGAAAAAAAAAUACAGUAAUAUUUAUUCAUAUGAGUUUUGGAAGGCUUAACAAAAUUUAUUAUAAAUAUGAAAAGCGAACUUCAGUCUUUUUCUGCAAAGCAUCCAUCUUCCUUUCUAAGCACACUUAGAAAUUUGACUAGGUAAUUGGAAUAUACCAAGAAAGCAACCUCAGUUACUUUAUCCUUACAGAACAGGAACAAGAAAAAUAAAAAUGUUCAAGCCCAAAACAUAACAUUCCAACCCAAUUUAUGAUGUAGUGGCACAAACUAACUCUAAAAAAAUUUAGCAGUUGGCUGUUAUUUCCUCACAAUCUUUUUAUUUCUCAAUGCUGCAUCAAAAUGGAACAGAAUAUUCAUUAUAAUUAUUUCUCUCAAACCACUGAGACUGUUAAACUUCAAGGAAAUUAUUCUGACUUGACAUUAUCUAAGAAGAAUGAAAAUUAACAAAACAGAAGCUCCUAAAUAGAGUUUGACAGAGCUUAUAAAGGAAAA